CUCCAGUUCAGAGCCAGUGGAGAGUCUGUGUCAGGCUUUAGCAGUCCCCAGUCACACACACAGAGGUGCAUGAGCGAAAAGGAGCUUGCAAUACAAUUCAGUGGGAUUGUGUGCGUGUGUUGCGUUACCCCCCCCCCAUUGCUGUGUGUGUUAGUAGCUCCGCGCUUGGUUCCUGGGCUCCAGCCGUUCACGGGGCAGCAGCGGCGAGAGGAAGACGAGAAAUCCGAGGAGGGGCUGGAACUGUAUCAUGCCAGAGGCCAGCAUGUCAUCCAGGGAGAUGUAAAUGAGGUCGAGGCGAACGACAGAGACACGGAGAAGGGAGGGGGCUUUGCGCUGCAAAAUCUGAGUUGGUCGCCCCGCUGCUCCUGGCAUCGCCUUUAUUCCCCUUCUCGUGAGCGCUGCGGAGAAAGGACUCCCAAGGCUGGGCACAUACACUGGGCUUUGCACCGUGGUUCACCCCCUUGAUUUAUUGCUAUUAUUUAUUUAUUUAUUGGUCGGGGAGCCUGGCUAUUUUAGACCUUUCCUGCCGAGCGGGGUGUUGGAAACUGCCGGAAAAUGUUGACUUAGCCCUAGCAAAGCCAGCCUACCGACCGGCCGGCCGCUUGGAGGAGGAGAAGCCGCCUUGCGUGUGUUGUCCCAGCUCAGCAGCGAGCUGCAGAGCCAGCUGCCUCCCUGUCUCCCUACCCAGCCCAGCUUUCUCCUGCCCGGUCCCCGGUGCGCCUGCUGUUGCUGUGGUGCCUCCUGAACUAACUCCUCUGCCCCUGGCGUUCAGAGGGGGCUCACCCGGCGCACUUCUCUGGGGCAGCCGAGUUGAGAGAGAGAGAGAACCUGGCCCGGCUUUGGAUCCACAGAGCGAGAUAUGAAGAUCAAUGACACAGACCACCGGCUUCAAUGAUGCUGGGCAUUUAUAACUGGGUUCAUUAAGGAAUACAAAGAAAAUACUUAAAGGGAUCAAUAAUGGUGUCUUCUGGUUGCAGAAUGCAAUUUUUUUGGUUACUUCUCAUAACUGGCUUCCUACAGAAUACAGAAGGUUUCAGCCGAGCAGCACUACCAUUUGGUUUAGUUAGGAGGGAACUGUCUUGCGAAGGCUACUCCAUUGACCUUCGGUGUCCAGGAAGUGAUGUCAUUAUGAUAGAGAGUGCUAAUUAUGGACGGACAGAUGACAAGAUUUGUGAUGCCGACCCUUUCCAAAUGGAAAACACAGAAUGCUUCCUCCCAGAUGCCUACAAAAUUAUGACACAAAGGUGCAACAACCGAACACAGUGUAUAGUAGUUACUGGGUCAGAUGUGUUUCCUGAUCCUUGUCCUGGAACGUACAAAUAUCUUGAAGUUCAGUAUGAAUGUGUUCCUUACAUUUUUGUUUGCCCGGGGACGUUGAAAGCAAUUGUGGACUCACCGUCUUUAUAUGAAGCUGAACAAAAGGCAGGUGCUUGGUGCAAAGAUCCUCUCCAGGCUGCAGAUAAAAUAUACUUCAUGCCAUGGACUCCAUAUCGCACUGAUACUUUGAUAGAAUAUGCUUCUUUAGAGGACUUCCAAAAUGGACGCCAACAGACAACUUACAAACUUCCAAAUAGAGUGGAUGGCACUGGAUUUGUGGUCUAUGAUGGUGCUGUAUUUUUUAACAAAGAAAGAACCAGGAACAUUGUAAAGUUUGACUUGAGGACUAGAAUUAAAAGUGGAGAGGCCAUUAUCAAUUAUGCUAACUACCAUGACACUUCUCCAUACAGAUGGGGAGGAAAGACUGAUAUUGAUUUAGCAGUUGAUGAAAAUGGUUUAUGGGUAAUUUAUGCAACGGAACAAAACAAUGGAAUGAUAGUUAUUAGCCAAUUGAAUCCAUAUACUCUUCGCUUUGAAGCAACAUGGGAAACCACAUAUGACAAACGGGCAGCAUCCAAUGCUUUUAUGAUAUGUGGAGUCCUCUAUGUAGUCCGAUCAGUGUAUCAAGACAACGAAAGUGAAACUGGCAAGAAUGCAAUUGAUUACAUUUACAACACCAGGUUAAGCAGAGGAGAAUAUGUAGAAAUUCCCUUCCCCAACCAGUACCAGUACAUCGCAGCAGUGGAUUACAACCCAAGAGAUAACCACCUGUAUGUGUGGAACAACAACUUCAUUCUCCGAUACUCUCUAGAGUUUGGCCCACCUGACCCAGCCCAAGUGCCUACUACCGCAGUGACAAUAACUUCUUCAGCAGAGCUAUACAAAACCACUGUGUCAACCAUAAGCACGACUUCACAGAAAGGCCCCAUAAGCACAACAUUAGCUGGAGGCACAAAGGAAGGAAGCAGAGGGCCCAAGCCACCACCAGCAGUUUCCACAACGAAAAUUCCUCCUGUGACAAGUUUUUUCCCUUUGCCAGAGAGAUUCUGUGAACCUGAUGAGGCCAGGGGGAUUAGCUGGCCUCAGACGCAAAGAGGAAUGAUGGUUGAACGCCCUUGUCCCAAAGGAACUCGAGGAACUGCCUCGUAUCUCUGCAUGGUUUCCACUGGAACAUGGAACCCUAAGGGCCCUGAUCUUAGCAACUGUACCUCACACUGGGUAAAUCAGCUGGCUCAGAAGAUCAGAAGUGGAGAAAAUGCUGCUAGUCUUGCCAAUGAACUGGCUAAACACACCAAAGGACCAGUUUUUGCUGGUGAUGUGAGUUCAUCAGUGAGGCUGAUGGAACAGUUGGUGGACAUUCUUGAUGCUCAACUGCAAGAACUGAGGCCUAGUGAAAAAGACUCAGCUGGGCGGAGUUAUAACAAGCUCCAAAAACGAGAGAAGACAUGCAGGGCUUACCUUAAGGCAAUCGUUGACACAGUGAACAACCUGCUCAGGCCUGAAGCUCUAGAAUCCUGGAAAGAUAUGAAUUCUUCAGAACAAGCACACGCUGCAACAAUGUUACUUGAUACACUAGAAGAAGGGGCUUUUGUCUUGGCUGACAAUCUCUUAGAACCAACUAGAGUCUCAAUGCCCACUGAAAACAUUGUUCUGGAAGUUGCAGUGCUCAGUACAGAAGGCCAGGUGCAGGACUUGAAAUUUCCUCAGGGCAGCGAAGGAGGCAAUUUGAUCCAACUUUCUGCAAACACUGUGAAACAGAACAGCAGGAAUGGAUUAGCAAAAUUGGUUUUCAUCAUUUACAAAAGUUUGGGACGGUUCCUCAGUACCGAAAACGCGACCAUAAAGCUGGGUAGUGACUUCGUUGGUCGGAACAGUACCAUUGCAGUGAACUCCCACGUCAUUGCAGCCUCCAUCAACAAGGAGUCCAGCCGUGUGUACCUGACUGAUCCUGUGCUUUUUACCCUGGAACACAUUGAUCCUGACAAUUAUUUCAAUGCAAAUUGCUCCUUCUGGAACUACUCAGAGAGGACUAUGAUGGGAUACUGGUCCACUCAGGGGUGCAAGCUGAUUGACACAAAUAAAACUCAUACAUCUUGUGCUUGCAGCCACCUAACCAACUUUGCAAUCCUUAUGGCCCAUAGGGAAAUUGUGUACAAAGAUGGAGUGCAUGAGCUACUCCUUACUGUCAUCACCUGGGUGGGAAUUGUCAUCUCCCUUGUAUGCCUGGCCAUCUGCAUCUUCACAUUCUGUUUCUUCCGUGGCCUACAAAGUGAUCGUAAUACUAUUCACAAGAAUCUUUGUAUCAACCUAUUCAUUGCAGAGUUCAUUUUCCUAAUAGGCAUCGAUAAAACAGAAUACAAAAUUGCAUGUCCGAUAUUUGCAGGCCUCUUACACUUUUUCUUCCUGGCAGCAUUUGCCUGGAUGUGCCUAGAAGGAGUGCAGCUCUAUCUCAUGUUAGUAGAAGUAUUUGAAAGUGAAUAUUCUAGGAAGAAGUACUACUAUGUUGCUGGCUACCUCUUCCCUGCCACAGUAGUUGGUGUCUCAGCAGCUAUUGACUAUAAGAGCUAUGGAACAGAGAAAGCUUGCUGGCUCCACGUAGAUAACUAUUUUAUCUGGAGUUUCAUUGGGCCUGUUACCUUCAUUAUUCUGCUGAAUCUUAUCUUCCUGGUGAUCACAUUGUGCAAAAUGGUGAAGCACUCAAACACUCUGAAACCAGACUCUAGCAGGUUGGAAAACAUUAAGUCCUGGGUCUUGGGUGCAUUUGCUCUCCUGUGUCUUCUUGGCCUAACAUGGUCAUUUGGCCUGCUGUUUAUCAACGAGGAGACAGUUGUGAUGACAUAUCUCUUCACAGUAUUUAAUGCUUUCCAGGGAAUGUUUAUUUUCAUCUUUCAUUGUGCCCUUCAAAAGAAAGUACGUAAGGAAUAUGGCAAGUGCUUCCGACAUUCCUAUUGCUGUGGUGGACUACCAACUGAGAGCCCCCACAAUUCAGUGAAAGCAUCGACAACAAGAACUAGCGCUCGCUAUUCCUCUGGCACUCAGAGUCGUAUAAGAAGGAUGUGGAACGACACUGUGAGAAAACAAUCUGAAUCUUCCUUUAUCUCAGGUGACAUCAACAGCACUUCAACACUUAAUCAAGGAAUGACUGGCAAUUACCUACUAACAAACCCUCUUCUUCGACCACACGGCACUAACAACCCCUAUAACACACUGCUCGCUGAAACAGUUGUAUGUAAUGCCCCUUCAGCUCCCGUGUUUAACUCACCAGGACAUUCACUGAACAAUGCCAGGGAUACAAGUGCCAUGGAUACUCUACCGCUAAAUGGUAAUUUCAACAACAGCUACUCAUUGCGCAAUGGAGAUUAUAAUGACAGUGUGCAAGUUGUAGACUGUGGACUAAGCCUGAAUGAUACUGCUUUUGAAAAAAUGAUCAUUUCAGAAUUAGUGCACAACAACCUGCGGGGCAGCAGCAAGAACCACAACCUGGAGCACACACUCCCAGCCAAAGCUGUGAUUGGCGGGAGCAGUAGCGAAGAUGAUGCAAUUGUGGCGGAUGCUUCAUCUUUGAUGCACAGUGACAACCCAGGACUGGAGCUUCACCAUAAGGAACUUGAGGCACCACUCAUUCCCCAACGGACUCACUCGCUUCUGUACCAGCCACAGAAGAAAGUGAAGACUGAAGGAACUGACAGCUACGUCUCACAGCUGACAGCUGAGGCUGAAGACCACCUACAAUCCCCCAACAGAGACUCUCUUUACACAAGCAUGCCCAAUCUUAGAGACUCUCCUUAUCCAGAGAGCAGCCCUGAUGUUGAAGAAGAUCUCUCUCCCUCCAGGAGGAGUGAGAAUGAAGACAUUUACUACAAAAGUAUGCCAAAUCUUGGAGCUGGCCAUCAGCUUCAGAUGUACUAUCAAAUCAGCAGGGGCAAUAGUGAUGGCUAUAUAAUUCCCAUUAACAAAGAAGGAUGUAUCCCAGAAGGAGAUGUUAGGGAAGGACAAAUGCAACUAGUGACAAGCCUUUAAUAGUGUAGCAAAGAAAUACUAAAGGCCACAUACAAGUAUUAAAAAGACUUUAUUGGCCCAACACAGGCUCCCUCAUAUCUGCUCAAAGAGACUAUUCUGUUCACCCUGUGGUUCUCCGGUGUAAAGGGGAUGACUGGACCUUGCAGUUCUGUGAAUUUUUAUAAAACAAAAACUUUGUAUAUACACAGAGUAUACUAAAAUGAAUUAUUUGUUACAAAGAGAAGAGAUACCAACAAGGUAUUUUAAGAUAUCUUCUGCUGCUGAGUUUAACAAAAUUGUGAAACAAACAAACAGACGAAAACUUUCCAGCCAUUUUACUGCAGCAGUUUGUGAACUAUAUUUGUAAAUAUGGCUGCACCCUCCCCCCCCCUCUUUUUUUGGGUAGGCCUGCAUUGUAUUAUAUACAAGACGUAGGCUCUAAAAUCCUGUGGGACAAAUUUACUGUACCUUAUUAUUCCUGACAAGACUUUCAAAAGCAGGAGAGAGAGAUUCUGCAUCAGUUUGCAGUUCACUGCAAAUCUUUUCCAUUAAGGCAAAGAUUGAAAACAUGUCUAACCACUAGCAAUCAAGCCACAGGCCUUAUUUCAUAUAUUUCCUCAACUGUACAAUGAACUGUUCUCGUGAAAGAUGGCUAAAGAAAUUAUAUUUUGUUCUAUUGCUAGGGUAAAAAAAUACAUUUGUGUCCAACUGAAAUAUAAUUAUUAAAAAUAAUUUUAAAGAGUUUGAAGAAAAUAUUGUGAAGAGCUCUUGGUUGCACAUAUGUUAUAAGCUGUUUUUCUUACACUUUGUUCAUAGUACUGUAGUAUGUUUAAAAUCCAAGUUCUACCUGUUUUCACUUAUUUUUCACUGUAAACAGUGUUCUGCUUUGAGAAAUUAAUUUUUAUUCUUAUGUUUGACUUUUUUUUAUUGCCAAAAAAAAAAAAAAUUCCAAGGGGAAAUUUCUCUUAGAAGCCAGUUAUGCCAUGCCUUGCACAAAUUUGGUAAAAUCUAGCCAAGAUUGUAAAUCAAUUCCCUGUUCAUUCUUUACCCAGGGUGGGAUGGGGAGGGCUAAUGGGGACACUGGACACUUCUCUCAAACUUUCUGGUGAACAAAAGGUGCCUGUCCUUUUAAAAAUAAAAUAAAACAAAUAUUACUCCUCCAUAUUCCUUCUGCCUAUAUUUAGUAAUUUAUUUUAUGAUAAAGAUCUAAUGAAAUGUAAAUUGUUUCAGCAAAAUUCUGCUUUUUUUCAUCCCUUUGUGUAAAACUGUUAACGAGCCCAUCACUAAUAACCAAUGUAAAGUUUAACACCUGUUUGACAGUAAAUAAAUGUGAAUUUUUUUCCAAAAUA